AUGACUUUCAUGCGAUCUACUACACUUGCUCUCUGGCUUGCAACCAUCACUUCUGCUGCCGCUAUCAGCACACCCAUUCGAGAUUUAUCUCAAGAAACGAUCACCGAAUCCCAAUGCGACUGGCCAAACUUCCAAGAAGAUGAUGAUCUCAAUGGUGCCAUGGUUCUCUACAAAGGUCACAAGCUUGCCGAGUGGAGAAACCCAAACGGGCAGAACAAUGACUGGUUUGGCCAAAACUACGUCGACGGAACAACCCAACAUGCUCAGUAUUCUGUCACCAAAACAUGGGUCUCGGUAUUGGUUGGUAUGUUGUACCGUGACGGUUUCAUGGACUGGGAAACUGAACACCCCGACAAGAUCACUCUUGGUGAGAUCUUUCCGGAUAAGGUCUGGGAAGAUAUCUGGGACGUUCCAUUCUUAAUCAGUGGAGGAUCAAAGGUUCCCGAGCUCAAGGCCAUCACUCUUGGACAGCUCAUGUCCAUGAGGACCGGAUACGCUGAAAACGGAAUCAGCUCUCCCUUCGAUAGUACCUUGGUCCGCGACUUGGAUCGCCUCGUCGCUUGGUGGCACCCAUUCUACCGCACCGGAAAGAUCGAGUCCCAAACAUGCUUCGAAUGUGGUGACUACUUGUCGUCUUCUGGUAUUGUCAAUUACAUCAUCAAGGAGAAGACCAAGACCGAUGCCAACCCAAGAGGAUGGGACCCCCUUGACUAUGCCCGUCAAACCUCCGAAUCAUUGCCAGAUGGCAACGUCGGACUCUUCGAGGCCCUUGGUAUGGAAGAAGGAUCCUACACCUGGGAUCGUGAUCGUGAUGACGUAGCUCGCGGUGCAUUCGGUCUUUGGGCUGAUCUCGAGGACAUGGCCAAGUUCGGUCAGCUAUUGUUGCAAGGAGGAACCGUCAUGUUCGAUGGCGUCGUCCGCGAGAUCAUUCCAUCCUACUACUUCGAAGAGAUGACCAAGACCCAAUCUCGAAUGAUCGGUAUGGACCUUCCCUAUGGCUGGCAAGUGUGGAACUGGGGCGAAGAUGACGAUGGUGAUAGCGGCUUCUGUGCUGAAGGUCUCGGAUGGCAAUCCAUCUGUGUAUUCCCCAAGCACGAUACUGUUGUCGCCAUCCAGGCUCCAGUGUCAUUUGGCGUAGAAACCUUUGCUGCGAAUCUCGAAUUCCGCAAUGAUGCCAUCAAGGCUAUUCGUGAUGGAAUUGUGUGUGGGCCAACAGCUGCACCAAAUACACCAGGAGGAUCGUCCCCAACAAGCCCUCCUGUGUCAUCGACCACUGCGCCUUCCGCUGGAGACAACUUGGUUGGGGACACAAUCGAAGACCCAAUUGACGGAAGCGGCUCUAACAACGGGGAAGAUCCCAACAAUGUAAAUGAAGAUCUUGGUGGCACUAACGAAGACAUUGAGGACACUGAUCGCGAAAACGAGUCCGAGCAAGUCUUGAUUGGAUCCGCCAACGGCGAGGAUGAUGCUGAUGCUCCAGUCGGUAUGAUCAUCGGUCUGGCCCUUUUGGCUGCUCUCAUGUGUGUUCUAUGUGCUUUGUUCUUCUGCUCCAAGCGCAGCAAGAAAGACCAAGGCGCCCCAAGAUCUGUGGAUUGCAAAGUUGUUCCCGCUGGAUCCCAAGAUGAUGAGCUGAACAAAAUGUAUGAAGCCAAGCUGAAUGCCGAUGACCUCAGCGUUGACACCGAUGACGAAAGCGGUGAAAUCGCUUAUGCUGUUGCCGAUAUUGAGCAACGAUCAUACUAA